AUGGGGCUCUCAUUUGCGCAACCUUAUGCCGAACUCAUAGCAGAGAGAGACUCGCGAUCAAAGUAUUGCCAGAUAAUCCUGGAUGCCUGGCACCAGUGGGUGCAAAGGCGUUGCUCUGCGUUGCUCUGCGUUGCGCAGCCCGCUGCGGCCGGUGCCCGCUUCACCCUCUUCCACAUACGGGCACCAAAUGCCUUCGUCCUGUAUUGCCACCCUUCCCAAUCACCAUUAGACGCUUUCAGGCGACGAGGUGAUCUUCUCUCCGGCCUUCUUCUUGUCGGUCCCUGGCACCCGGUAAUGGCUCUGGUGGACUACUCGUCUUCUGACUCAGCUUCAGAGGCCGGGUCACCUCCGGCCAAGCGGCGCAAAGAGGAUACUGAUGGCUCCGUGCUAGCCGGCUCUGCAUCUGGCGCCGGCGCCGGCGGUCAAAAAGGAACGCGGCACAGCCCCCCGGCCUCCUCGACUACGAAGGAGACAAUUGGCGGCACAUUGACGCUUCCGCCCCUCCCAGCCGAGUUCCACGACCUGUACGCUUCUACGGUCCGAAAUGCCACUGCCGACAACCCAGCCCUGCACCAGGGCCGAAAGAGGACCAUCCCCCAUAUUGUCGGCAACUGGCCUUCUCACGUAUACGUUGAGUGGCAUCCCUCUGCGGACCAGCACUCUCUUCUCACUGCUCUGCUGGAUGAAAUCGCGCCUCUGCUUGGCACGCGGGAGCUGACCUCGCUCUUAACUUCGGACCUCAACGCCCCUCUGCCACUCCACAUCUCGCUCUCGCGGCCUCUGUCCCUGACCACGGCUCAAAAGGACGCCUUCCUCUCCGCCUUGACGUCUUCAUUGUCCUCCGCCACCGGCGAGUUCAGUCUAUCGCCCCGUGGCCUGGGCUUCUUCAAGUCGCCAGACUCGGACCGGGCCUUUCUCGUACUCCGCGUAGCAUGCCCAGCCGCCUCCUCGCAAGGUGACACCAGCACCACCGGCAGCAACCCGCAGCUCCGUACGCUUCUCAACAAAUGUAACGAUGUCGCCGUCCGUUUCGGCCAUCCGCCCUUGUACCAAGCCCACGCGACGGAGCUGGUCGACGACGCGUUCCACGUGAGCAUCGGCUGGGCGUUUGGGCUUCCCGAAGAAGAAGAGUGUCUGCGCACCUAUGGCCUGCUGAAGACGCCGCAGUUCCGUGGUAUUCGAAAGUGGCAGAUUGAUGUUUCGGGUGUCAAGGCCAAAAUCGGCAACGUUGUCACUCACAUCCCUUUGAAUAACUCGUCCAAGAAGAGAAGGAACAGUAUCGCCGAAGACGGCGUGUACAAGUAA